AUGGAAAACCUUAGGAAUAGUGUUAAUAAAAUGAGCAUAAAGAAAAAUGUUUUUCGACCAGGUGCUCAAGCUCCGCGCAGGACAACCCUCAGACAAUUCGCGCCCCUUUUGGUGGCCAUGGUUGGAUUACCGGGAAGAGGGAAGAGUCUACUGACCAAAAGGAUAUCCAGAUACAUGAAUUACACAGGAGACAAUACUAGAGUAUACGACAUCAGCGAGUACCGGCGCAGCCACAUGAAGCAGUACGAUUCCCACGAAAUGUUCCGCGCCGACAACCUCCCGGCCUGGAGAAUCCGCCAGCAAAGCUUCAGGGAAGCCCUGGAGGACGCCGCGGCCUGGCUGCAGGCGCCCAACAACAACGUCGCCAUCCUCGACGGGCCGAACGUGUCCCGGUCGCAGCGCCAGGAAAUCUACGAUCUGAUCUACACCCAGCUGGGCUUCAGGGUGAUGUUCAUCGAGUGCGUGUGCGAGGACCCCGUCCUGCUCGAGCGCAACUUCAAGGAGAUCCUGCAGUACAGCACCGAUUACAGGGACAUGGCCACCGAGGAGGCGCUGAAGGAUCUCACGCUGAAGAUGACGCACUACAAGGCGCAGUACGAGUCUCCGACGCUCGGCAGCCUGUGGGAGUUGCCGUGUCCGAUGGUGAAGAUCUUGGACGGGGGCGAAGGCGGGAUUAUAGCUCACGGCGUCAACGGAUGCAGGGAGAGCAAAAUUUUGGCAUACAUAUCGACGCCCAAGAAUUAUCAACAAACUCUUUACUUCAGCAGGCAUGGCGAAAGCGAAUUUAACGUUAUUGGAAAGAUCGGCGGAGACGCCAAACUUUCGCCGAGAGGAAAAAUGUACGCGAAGGCGCUUUCAAAGCACAUCCACGCUCUGAAUUUGCCCAAUCUCCAAGUGUGGACUUCGACGUUGUUCAGAACGAAGGAAACGGCUGCUGGUAUAAACGUACCGCAACAGCACCUGCACGAAUUGGACGAAAUUUGGUCGGGCGAAUGUGAAAGCCUAACGUACGAAGAACUCCAGGAGCACUUUCCAAAGGAACUCGCCCUUCGUGAUAGCGAAAAACUCAAAUACCGCUAUCCUCAAGGCGAAUCCUAUGUGGACGUCAUGAACCGUUUGGUGCCCAUUUUGACCCAAUUGGAAUGCGAAACUAACGUGCUCACCAUAUCCCAUCAAGCCGUGCUCCGUUGCGUUUUGGGCUAUUUCCUGGAGACGCCCCCGGACGAGAUACCCUACCUGCACGUGCCCCUGCACACGAUCAUCAAGAUAACGUUGCAAGGGCACAGCUACAACAUGGAGACCAUCAAAAUGCCCAUAGAAUGCGUGGAUACCAAUCGCGCUAAACCGCUGAAUUGCUCCGAAUCGCGAACCUCGGAGGACGCGUUGCUCACGCUGCCCAAACACUACGACUCUAUCUCCAAUUUAAUGCAGUGCACUUAG